GGCAGGCACCAUGAAGCUGUCUCUCCUGCCCUGGGCCCUGCUGCUGCUGGUGACAGCCCCCGGCCCAGGCCCCCGGCCUGCAGCAGGUGCCCAGGGGAGCUGCUCCCACCGUUGUGGAGUCCAGGAUGGGCCGUGCUCCUGCCACCCGACCUGCUUCGGCCUGGCCAGCUGCUGCUCGGACAUUCGGGACUUCUGCCUGGAGAUCUUGCCCUACUCGGGCUCCAUCAUGGGUGGCAAGGAUUUUGUGGUGCAGCAUCUCAACUGGUCCAACUCCACUGACGGCGUGAUCUGCAGCUUUAAGGAGAGCAUCCAGACCCGCGGCUUUGUGGACUCCUCGGGACGAGUGCACUGUGUGUCACCCUUGCUCUACGAGACCGGCCGCAUCCCCUUCACGCUCUCCAUGGACAAUGGCCGCUCCUUCCCACGCUCAGGCACCUGGCUGGCUGUGCACCCCAGCAAAGUGUCAGAGUCCGAAAAGAGCCAGCUGGUGAACGAGACCCGCUGGCAAUACUACGGCACUGCCAGCACCCAGGGUAACCUCACCCUGACCUGGAACACCUUGGCUCUGCCCACGAACUCCAUCACCAUAGAGCUGUGGGGCUACAAGGAGACAGGGAAGCCGUACUCCCAGGAGUGGACAGCAGCGUGGUCGUACCUGUACUCCUUGGCCACAAACAUCACCAACUCCGGCUCCUUCACCUUCACACCAAAACCUGCACCUCAGAACUACCAGAGGUGGAAAGUGGGUGCCCUUCGCAUUGUCAACAGCAAACACCACGCAGGGGAGAAGGACGUGCACGCACUCUGGAGCAACGAGCAUGCGCUGGCCUGGCACCUGGGCGAUGACUUCCGGGCAGACCCUCUGGCCUGGGCCCGAGCUCAGUGCCUGGCCUGGGAGGAACUGGAGGACCAGCUGCCCAACUUCCUGGAGGAGCUGCCCGACUGCCCCUGCACCCUGGCCCAGGCCCAGGCUGACUCUGGGCGCUUCCAAGCGGACUACGGCUGUGACAUCGAGCAUGGCAGCGUGUGCACCUAUCACCCAGGGGCUGUGCACUGCGUUCGCUCCGUGCAAGCCAGCCCCCUAUAUGGCUCAGGCCAGCAGUGCUGCUACACGGCGGCGGGCACACAGCUCCUGACAGCCGACUCCACCAGUGGCAGCACCCCGGACCGCGGCCACGACUGGGGCGCACCCCCAUACCGCGUGCCGCCCCGCGUGCCGGGCCUCUCCCACUGGAUCUACGAUGUCAUCAGCUUCUACUACUGCUGCCUCUGGGCGCCCGAGUGCUCCCGCUACAUGCAGAGGCGGCCCUCCAGUGACUGCCGCAGCUACCAGCCCCCGCGCCUGGCCUCCACUUUCGGGGACCCACACUUUGUCACCUUCGAUGGCACCAACUUCACAUUCAACGGACGCGGCGAGUACGUGCUGCUGGAGGCCUCUGGGACCGACCUGAGGGUGCAGGCGCGGGCCCAGACCAGGAUGACGCCCGAGGGCUCUCAGGACCGAGGCACAGGGCUGACUGCUGUGGCUGUCCAGGAGGGCAACUCAGAUGUGGUAGAGGUCCGGCUGAGGGAUGGGGCUGGGGCCCUGCAGGUGCUGCUGAACCAGGAGGUGCUCAGCUUCAAGGAGCAAAGAUGGAUGGACCUGAAGGGCAUGUUCCUGUCAGUAGCUGCUGGGGACAGAGUAUCAGUCAUGCUGUCAUCAGGGGCCGGCCUGGAGGUCAGCGUCCAGGGUCUGUUCCUGAGUGUGGUGGUCCUGCUGCCCAAUAAGUUCUUGACCCACACACGAGGCCUCCUUGGGACACUCAAUGACAACCCCUCAGACGACUUCACCCUGCGCAGCGGCCAGGUCCUGCCCCCCAGUGCCAGUUCCCGAGAACUGUUCCAGUUUGGGGCUGACUGGGCUGUGGAGAACACCUCCUCCCUGCUCACCUACGACUCCAAGUUCCUGGUGGAAAACUUCCUGCUUCGGCCCAAGCAUGACCCCAAUUUCCUGCCCCUCUUCCCCGAGGAGACCACCUCCAGCCCCAGCCAGGCGAGUGAGGCGGCCAAACUGUGUGGGGACAACAAUUUCUGCAACUUCGACGUGGCGGCCACCGGGAGCCUGACUGUGGGCAACGCCACGCGGUUGGUCCACAGGCAGCACCUGCUUCGCGCGCAGAGCCUGCAGCCCGUGGUGUCCUGUGGCUGGCUGGCCCCGCCCUCCAAUGGGCACAAGGAGGGCAUGAGGUACCUGGUGGGCUCCACUGUCCACUUCCACUGCGACAGCGGCUACAGCCUGGCCGGGGCCGAGGCCAGCACCUGCCAGGCUGAUGGCACCUGGUCCCGGCCCACCCCGACUUGCCAGCCAGGUGAGGCUGCCCCGCCCACCUACCGGCCCCUCCCACCAGCUCUCAGCCUGCCGCCUGCCGCCUCUCCAGGGCGGAGUUACGCAGUGCUGCUGGGCGUCAUCUUUGGAGGCCUGGCGGUGGUGGCUCUCGUCGCGCUCGUCUACGUGCUCCUACGCCGCAGGAAGAGCAACACGGCCGUCUGGGGUUCGCGACCCUGAGGAAAGCACGCUUGGCCGGCGGCACAGGGCACACAGAACCUCCCCGGGGCCAAAGACCAGCCUCCCAAACUCCCAAGAACGUGCACCCCAGUACUUGGAUCCACAAAUCCCUACCACCAUACACCUGGGACACGGACAUCUGAACCUGAGCCUUUAAAGCCCGGUGCCCUGCUCUGUCACCAAAGACCCGGACCUUGAGUGGUCACUGUGGAGUUCCCGAGGCUCUGUUCCCCCCAUACCCCUGACUCUUAAUUCCCCAGGCCCGAGACUCCGUACCCUUGAAUUCUGAGGCCUGUCUCCCGAGCCCUAAUACUCCAGCACCUGAUAUGCGAAGGCCAGUACCUCAGAUCCCGUGCCCAUGAUGCUGAUUCCCAGUAUACUGAGUCCUGGUGCCCCAACAGGGAGCCCCAGGGCCGAGCUGCCUUGAUUCCCAGACCCUGGGCCUGGCCUGAGACUGUAGGUGGGUCCAGACUUGGGUGUGGAGAGUCACCCUCUAAGCUCCAGGCUUGUAAUUCUGUCUCUGGAACAUCUCCUGAAACACCCCUCCCUGCCUGUUGGGGGAGGAAACAAGCCUUUGGUGCCCCUUC